AUCACAGCACAUUCCGCAGCCCGCAGAGGUGCGAUGUUCGGGCUUCAAACUAUUGUCAUCAAUGUCACCGAGCCAGUCGCGCUGCAAUGACACGCGAAAACACGCAAACAAACCAACUUGUCUGCAUAAAACAACACAAAAACUCCAACAUCUGCUGGUUUAUCGUCUACUUAGCCCUAGUGUCGACCUGCCUGAUCGCAUACUUCACCCUCCCGCAGCAAAGCAUCGACCGUUUCACACAUAUCUUCACAGUAACGAGCAUACCAGUGAGUUAUAAAUAUAACUGCCCCGAGGGUAUCAGUCCAGAGGAUCGUGAUGUGUUUGAGGGUUUCCAAACUUCGUUUCUGCCGUCCGAAGAGGUGAUGAUGACGAGGGCGGAACCAGAACCCAAACACAGGAGACGACGGAAACGUAUGAGUGAUUAUUCGCUUGAGGAUGUGCCGUGUGAUCGAAAACAUCGUAACAUAGACGUAAAUAAUAAUGGAGAAGCUGAAAGUGUAGAAGACGAUGACGUUGAUUGUAAACCUAGCACCGAAGAUGAAACUAGUGAAAGUUAUGAAGAUGAAUAUGACGAUGAGGACGACGAUGACAGUCCAGCACCGCAAGAGCUACAUGUAGAUCGAGGACCCUUAGAUGAUGUGGUGGAUCAAAUUCGCGGUCAACCCGAACUGGAAGAGGGAGAGACUGGAUCAUCCGCGCAAGUUUUUAAACCAUCCAGGUCAUAUACAGUCCUACACUCUUUCUGGAAAGGCCAGGGUGACCGUGAGACGAUUCGCUCUACUCAGGCCAACAUCAUGAGCAAGUAUAUGGACGCUGGAGCCAACCCGUGUGAGGACUUUUAUCAGUACGCAUGUGGCAACUGGGCGUCUUUGAACCCCAUCCCUGCUGAUAAAGCUGGAUACGAUACAUUUGAAAUGUUGCGUGAGAACCUGGAUGCAGUUUUAAAAGAUCUUUUGGACUUUCCCAAAAAUGAAACUGUUCCAUCUGAGUACCCAGGGAAAAGCCUGAACCUGGAUGACGAAUACUUACAACAUCAUCUUCCUGUCACUAAACAAAAAAAAUUAGUUGAACAAUUUCUGAGUAAGAAAAGAAAAGAUUCUGUCCAAGAAUUACUGAAGACUACUUUCAAUCCUCAACUAUCCGCAUUUUCGCUCAAAGCGAAUAAAACUAAAACGAUUGACCGUAUGCGAAGAUUUUUACGAAGACCUACCAGAAAUAAGAUUGGGGCUGGAAAGCAAUAUAAAAUUACUUUAAAUCAUAUCCCACAAGAAAUAAAUAAACUGAAAAAAUAUAAUAAACGAGACUCAAAUCAUUUUAGAAGCAAAAAAUAUUUCCAUAACAAGAAAUCGCCAAUGAGUCCUAAACUUAUCAAAAUUGGUAGGCGCUUACUAGGAUUAUCAAAAGAAAUUGAAACCCAACCGAACCGUUUAUACAACCAAAUUCAUUUUCAAACGAUGCCUCAAAAAAAGUUAUCGGACUCUUCAGGCGGAGACGCGGCACUAAAAGCAAAGUACCUGUUUAAAUCUUGCAUGAACUAUGACAUACUGAAGGAAAGAGGGCACCAGCCGCUAUUAGACCUCCUCAAUCUGCUCGGAGGAUGGCCUAUAUUAGACCCUAACUGGAACAGCACUGACUUCGACUGGCUAGAGCUCAUGGCCAAGCUCAGAUUGUUCAACAAUGACAUUCUCAUCUCUGAAUGGGUUGGCCCAGAUAUCAAGAAUUCCAACGAGUUUGUCAUACAAUUUGAUCAGACUAGUUUAGGGUUACCAACUAGGGACUAUUUUCUUCAAGAUAUUAACAAGCCCUACUUGGAUGCCUAUCAGACAUACCUAGAAACUGUGGCAAUCCUAUUGGGCGGUGAAGAGACACAUGUGAAGAGUAGCGCGGAUAGUCUCAUUUUAUUCGAAAUGAGGCUAGCUCUAAUAACGUCAGCUCCGGAGGAUCGUCGCAAUGUCUCGGAGCUGUAUCGGCGGAUGUCCCUCUCUGAGCUGACGACGCUGGUGCCGGAGGUGGACUGGUCCAGGUACCUCUGCAUCGUCAUGAAUAGGACUGUCCAUCCUGAGGAACCUGUGGUGCUCUUUGCCUUGCCGUAUGUCCGCAAUUUAGUUAGUCUGAUCAAAGAAACGAAUCCAGAAGUGUUAUCAAAUUAUUUGCUCUGGCGAUUCGUGAGACAUCGAGUCAACAACUUGGAUGAUCGUUUUCAAUCUGCAAAACAGGCAUUUUACUUCAUAUUAUUCGGUCGCGAACAAGCACCGCCAAGAUGGAAGAACUGCAUCUCCCAAGUGAACUCCAACAUGGGCAUGGCUCUUGGGUCCAUGUUUGUCCGCAAGUACUUCGAUGAGAUGAGCAAAAACGACACACUCACCAUGACCAGGGAAAUCCAGGAAUCUUUCCGGGAACUUUUAGACAUGACCGAUUGGAUUGACAAUGACACAAAGAAGCUCGCAGCUGAAAAAGUAGACGCCAUGAUGCUGAGGAUUGGAUAUCCAGAUUUUAUUUUGAACAAGAAAGAGCUUGACGACAGAUACAAAGAAGUUAUAAUCCACCCGGAUAAGUAUUUCGAGAAUAUUCUAAAUAUUCUUCAGCACUUGACCAAAAUGGAGCAAACUCGCAUAGGUCAGCCGGUGAACAAGACGCUCUGGAACACGGCACCAGCUGUGGUGAACGCGUACUACAGCCGCAACAAGAACCAGAUCAUGUUCCCGGCCGGGAUCCUGCAGCCGCCCUUCUACCACCGCCACUUCCCGCGCUCGCUCAACUACGGAGGCAUCGGGGUUGUCAUUGGCCACGAAAUAACCCACGGCUUCGACGACAAAGGCCGUCUAUUUGACCACGAGGGCAACCUGCACCGCUGGUGGUCGGACGCGGCCGUGGCGCAGUUCCGCCGCCGCGCGCAGGGCCUCGCGCGCCAGUACGCGCGCUACGUCGUGCCCGAGGUGCACAUGCAGCUCGACGGGGUUAAUACUCAGGGAGAGAACAUAGCCGACAACGGCGGCGUGAAGCAAGCGUUCCGCGCGUACCUGCGCUGGCUGGAGCGGCACGGGGCAGAGGGAGAGACCCUGCCCGGGGUCAACCACACGCACACGCAGCUGUUCUUCCUUAACUUUGCGCAGGUGUGGUGCGGCGCGAUGCGUCCCGAAGCGAUGAGGAACAAGCUGAAGACAGCGGUGCACUCGCCCGGUCGCUUCCGCGUCAUUGGAACCUUGUCCAACUCAUACGACUUCGCGAGAGAGUUCAACUGUCCUGUUGGCUCCCCAAUGAACCCGGAAGAGAAGAAUAGCGUCUGGUAG